AUGAGAUAUGUUAUAUAAUUUGUUUUGAAUGUUUGUGAUUUGGUUGUUUUAUAAAUUAAGUGUAACUAACAUGUUAAAUUUAUUAUUUGGAGUAGCUUCCGUGAGAGGUGAAUAGGCGAAAGACGAAGAGAAUAUACAACAACGAUAAUAGCAACAGUUCUUUACCAUUCGAUUUCACCGAUUAACAUAUUCAUUGCAUCACCAUAGCAGUGGCCAUAAUGUUCCAGCAUCUUUUAGUGCUUUUUCUAGGUUGUUUCCUAUUUACUGUUUCAGAUGGCCUUAUAACUGAGAAGCGAAGUUUGGAUUCGUUUGGCGAAAUGAUUCAGUCUGAGACUGGAAGAAAUCCCUUUGAUUUCAACGGAUAUGGAAAGUGGUGUGGCUUUGGCGGUUCCGGUGAUCCUGUAGAUAGCAUUGAUAACUGCUGUAGGAAUCAUGACCAUUGCUAUGAACGUGUCAAUCGAGCUGAGUGUGAUUCCCUCACACAUACAAAAGUUUACUUCGCUUCAUACCAUUGGUAUAAACAUCAAGGGUUAAUCUAUUGUUUGAAUAGUGAUGAAUGUCAGCAGGCUAUUUGUACGUGUGAUAAAAAAGCAGCAAUCUGCUUCUAUAAUCAUCUCUCUGAUUACAAUGAAUCGAACCAAUUGCCAUUCAGUAAAUUAAUAGGUGGUCUUUUCAACCAUCGCUGAAAAUUUAUUUUGCCUCAGCCAACUCUGGGCACUAUUUUUUCAUCAACAGUUUCUGCAAUUCACAGUAAAUCGCCAAUAAAACAAGAAAAUGAGACUAAGAAAAAAAAAAGUCAUCAUUGCAACAUUUCCUCAUGUUGUUGAUGUUGUUGAUGUUUUCUGCCAGAUCAGCCAUCAUAGAACACUUAUGAUCAACGGCAAUCUCGCAGUGACCAUCCGGUCGUUUGUUUUUCAGACAAGGUGUAUCUAGUGCUACUUUAUCUAAUGUGCCUUUCCUUUGACUUGAGAGAAAUUUGACUGCUAUUUCUAAAAGACUGAGUGACCACCUCUUCAUUGAACAGUCUUGUACUUGUUGGCAUGAAAAUUGUUAGCGCAUCGGAGAAAAUGGUUAACAGCAUUUGGCUCUUUAUGUUUUGAGUUCAAAUCCCUUUGAAUUGAUGAAAUAAUGUACCAGAGAAGUACUUCAGUUGAGGUAAUGAACUUGGCCCCCUCCUUCAAAAAUGCUAGUCUAGUACCAAAAUUAAAAGCAAUUAUGAAAUUAAAUUUGUGCAGUACA